GCCUGUAUAGAUUGAUUUAUGAGCUGAUUGAUUGGCUGUGAAAUAAUAAUAAUAAAUGAGGCUAUGUCUGAUAUUAAUAACAUUUAAAUGAAAUUCUUCUUUAAUGUGUUGGGACUGAAAAAGAAAGAGGGGGGUAGUCCACACUACACACACACACACACACAAACACACACAGCAAAGCAUCCAGGUCCCACAUCCUGGUACUUCUCAGCGUUGUCAAGGCAGCCUCAGAGCACGGCUGGCUGGCGGAAAGUAGCUGCUGCAGUGUCCGGGCAGAACAGAUCUGUCCUAAAGCGUUCACUCAAAGUGUCCCGGAAAGUUUAAGUGUGAACGGAAAGGUAACGGCUAUGCAUGUUUUUCUUCCACACGUUCGCAGAGGGCCGCUUCACGGCGGGAAAGGCGCCGCUUUGCCUCGCGUCUUUUAGUCAGGCAGCAGACAGGCGCCCGUCCGCUGUGGACAAGAGCAGGAAGAUCUUGUCCAUUGUGCAGCCGCGAGAAGACAGCCUUUUUCGGGCUCGGUUUGCGCGCUAAACGCGGUUGUUUUUCACAGCGGCGUCGUGUGUGCGUUGAGCUGGGUCACUUGGGUUCGGUUCCAGUCAAACAGAGGCAGAAUAAAGAAUAAAAAUGGCCCUCGACAGACAGAAUUAGUGAUAGAAAGGGACAGGUUUAAAGGGACAGUGUCACCCUGCUUCCUUCCGGCUUCCUGUAGCUCACAGUGGAACAUACACGCCGUGUUUAGAGCGGCAAAGGUGCCGCCGGUCAACGUUUGCCUUCCUUAAUGCACCGUGUGUGUGUCAGGCUAACUGUACGUCGACCUGUGUGUCAGCAGGAAGUCGAACCGUGCGUACAUGUGUGCACAUAGAGAAGAUGGGCGUCUGAGCUUCAUGCAUUGUCUUUUCAUUUGCAUUUUAACAAGCGUCACUGGGGACGACAGCUGUGUGUACUGAGUGUACUGCAUGUGCUGCUGUACAGCAUUAGGACGAUGAUGGAGGGGAAAGUUGGGAAGGAAAGCACAGGUCUCACACAGGACACCCGCAUGCCAAUGUGAUGUCUGAGAAGUUUGACAGCUGCUCAGCCAAGCAAAGACACCUACAGCGCCGUCAUAGAGGAGGACAGCAUGCGAAUUAAUGGCAGUGAGGAUUCUGGACUGAGGGAGAUGAACUGACGACCAGUAACUGUUGGAUGAGAACUGAUGAGCUGUCGAAGCUGGUGACAGCAUGCCAACUGCAAAAAGUAAAGGUGGCUCAAUGUCUCACCGUUACCGGCCUGCCUCAGAAUAUGAUGACGCCACCCUCGCCCAAAAGAGAGAAUACUGGAAAACCAAGAAACGAGAGCAGCGGGCCCGGCUGUCGGAGCGGAGAAGAAAACCGACACAAGAUGGUCGAGGGAAAACGCUGCUACAUCGAAAUACCCCUGUGAUGGUGAAUUCCAGUUUAUCUGGCUCCUUUGCUGCUUGCUCUCCUUUGCAGAGUAAUGAUGAGUCAUACAAUACAGCCAAUAUCUCUCCUGCAUCACAGAGUGGAAAUAAAGUUGGGGACAGUUCAAGUGAAGCCACUGAAAGCCAAAAGGAGAGGUGGCUCCAGACAAUGAACCUCAACAAGGUCUUGCCUCAUUUGCCAGCAUCAUGUUCCAUCUCAGCCAAAGCUGCUGAGGGUGACACAGCCACAGUGAAAUGCCUAACAGCAACCGGUGCUGUGAGCAGAGACUUUACCUCACCCACACCCAGUGGAACCCAGCUGAACACCAGUUCCUCAGUGCCUCCAGUCAGUGUGACCAGAAUUACCACUGGCAGCUCCGCUAUAACAACACCUCAGCCAUGUGUGUCUAUGCAGGGAGCAUCAGUCCCCAAAACGCAACAUAAGGCACAAGUUGCAUUACAUAUUCAGCCCAAACUUGUACCCACCAAUGUGACCACAGGUAUGAUUCUUGUGUCUUCUCCAUGUGUUCCUGUUUCUGUCAAAACAGAGGGCCAAGCAGUGAACACAGCACCUCAAAGUGGAACAAAGAGUGCCUUGGUCACCUUGCAGAGGGCUAAAGGUGUUAGCAGGUCACAACCUUCCCUGGAGUCUGAGGAGGAGAGAGCAGCCAAGCGCAGAGAGCACUGGAGGAUCAAAAAGCGAGAGCAGAGGGCAAAGAUGGCAGCUCAAAUAGCUAAAGCCAGAGAGAGGACACAGUGCACAGAGAUGAAGUUACAGAGGCCAGCAGCACAGAAACCAGGACUUGUAGGCGGCCUCAUUCUUCAGCAUCCUCAAUCUCAGUCGUUUUUGAGAGGAGGAGCCCAGAAGCAGUGUCCUGCUCGAGUCAAAACUUCAUUUACACCUGUCAAAAGGGAAAAUGAUGAGCUGCAAAGUAGGACAGCAAGUUUAGCUACAGUUAACCUGCAAGCAGAUCAGAUAAAAGUACAGAAUCCACAUGGGAAUAGGACCACACAGACAGGCAUCACAGCUGAGCUGCAGAGAAGGCUUCCAAGUUAUGUACAUCUUUCUAAUGUUUCCCGAGGGAUUGUGCGAUGUAAAACACCCAGACAGAGGUUCAUCGAAGCCCAGAAGAAUUUCAUGAUUCAAAGAAAUAUAAGAUGUAAAACCCCAUUUCUUGCUUCAGUCUUUGGUUCCAGAAACAUCCCCAAAAUUGACCCCAACGACACACCUGAGCAGAUAAUAUCCAAACGGCGAGAGUACUGGAGGAUUAAAAAGCGCGAACAGCGAGCUAAGCUGUCAAUGGAGAUGAAGUCUCGGCUGAAGGAGAAGGACUCUCUGAUGCGAAGGGUGAAGCGCUACCAGAAAAUCCUCGAGGAGAUGAGGAGGGCCAGAGCCAUGGCACAAUCAGCAGGAAGCACCCAUACCCACGCCUCUGAGACCAUAGGAGGGUUCAUCAAAGAGGACGGGACAGUGACCAUCAACAUUCCCCGGAUUGCUCCAAAUCACAACAAAAGUGAAGAGGACCUUGAUGUAGUUCCUAACAAUACCCCCAUCACAAAACCUCAGCAUCAACCCAAUACUAAACGGUUAAGUAUCGCACCACUUCGUGUAAAUCAGGCCUCCCCUCCACUUCGCCGACCUCAGGUGAAAGUCUCUUUUCCUCUUUCUGAACAGUCCAUCAACAAGCCUCCACGACUACUCUCAAUCAGACCACCAAGUCAACUUGAAAGCACAACACACUCAUUAGCAGUCCAAACAGUAGGUCAACUCACUCUCACUCAUCCUCAAAGCCCUCAAAGUUCUGCUUCUGGAGGAUCGUCGAACCUCGGUGGCUGUGUCAUGAAAAUGGCAGUCUCAAGUAGCGCACCGUUGGCGCUCUCUCUGGAUCCAGGGCUGACAGAAGAGGAGAGGAUGGCAAAGAAGAGGGAGUACUGGAGGAUUAAGAAACGUGAGCAGCGAGCAGCUCGUGCUGCUCGACUGAAGCAUGGUGCCCUACAAGCCAGGGCCAAUGCAGCCUUACAGAGGAGAAGGGCCCAGAAGCAAGCAGCAGGAACCAGUGUACCACUAGGCAGAAGGCUCACUAACCAUACAGGAAAUGCACAACCUCUGCCCAACAACAGUGUGUCUGUUAUGCCACAUGUAAGUGAGAUAAAACAAGAGAGUGAGUCAAUGCCAACAGUUGACCUAAAUUCUGAACCAGAACAAGCCAUCUGUCCAGAUAUCAAACCCCCAACCUCCCCAACACAACCUCCAGCGCCUCAGCCAGAGCCUGACCCAGCUCUGAGUGCAGACAGCCAAGCUACCACUCUGCUAGCAGUGGCCUCUAUGAAAAAACUCCUGGAGGAGUCACUUAGCACAGUGACUGAGUGUAAAGGUAAUCAAACCAUUAAAAUGGAGUUUGCGGAAGAAGCUCCAGAACCAGAGAUGAAGCCACAUUUAUCUCAGCUCUUUUUUGAAAAGGACAAGGGGGCUCCGAAUGCUGCUGACUUGACGUUGGAGAUAAAAAGCUGGCAGUCAGAUGCUGAUGCCUUGGUACCAGUACGUUCACCAAGCCCUCAUAUUAUGGACUCAUCACAAAUUAACGAGACACUUCCACCUCUUCCUACCUCAGACGAGGUAAUUCUGGAUCCCACCUGCGACCACUCAUCCCAAACCACUUCGAACUUUAUAAUAAACCCCAUGGAAGACUCCGACGGCCCAUCCUCACCACACAGAACCCAGAGGCUCUGCACCAAAAAAGCAGGUCAUCAAAACAGCUGCUCCCCAGAGCCGCCAAAGCUGCAUCACCUACCCAUGGAUCAGCUCCACCCACAGCAACAGCACUGUGAACAACAAUGUCAGGAACCAGAACAAUGUCAAAACAGCAGCUUGCCCUCAGCACCAAGAUGUGGCAGCUCGGUGACGGAGCAUGGUGGUUUGACCAGCCUGCAGCAGAAGAGGGAGUACUGGAAGCUGAUGAAGAGGCAGCAGAGGGCCAGAGUAAAGGCAAGGCAGACAGAGAGACAGGGGGGAAGCAACAGUCGGCUUUCCCAGAGAAACAUCCAGGCUCCAGGUCUGGUUAUCAACACUGUUAAUCCUCCAGCAAAACCAGCCCUCCGUCCCAAGCCAUCCACUGCUUCUCUGACUGCAGUGAGCAGUAUCCCCACGGUCCUGGUCGUUAGCCCGACAACGUGUAAUGCUGAACAGUCACCUGACACACUCCAGGUCAAAUUGCCCGUCACCAGUGACUCCUGUUCACCCAGAAGUGAGCAGAAUGAAGUGAACAUUGGGCCUUCACAGAUUCAGUCAGACUAUCACGGAGCUCCAGUGAGUCAGCAAAAAGCCAUGACGGAACCUCAAAAGUGGACGUCUAGAAGCACUGAUGUGGACUCAGCUCACUGCCUCCCUACUCUGAAACCCCCAGACAACCCACUGUCCAGCAUCAACCUGCAACCCAUUGAACCCCCUGGUCAAACUCCAACUCCCACCCUCAGUCCAAUAAAAAUCCCCUGUGCACAGCCUGAGAGCCCCUCAUAUAUGAUGGAAUCUCCCAACAAGCUGGCACCUAUAAGCACCCUGGUUCCACCAAAACCCAUCCCAGGGGAGUCUGAGGAGGACUUCCUGAGGAGGAAACGGGAAUACUGGAGGAUCAAGAAGAAGGAGCAGAGAGCCAGGAAGGCCAUUCAGGAUAAAGGAGGAAGUCCAAGGAGAGCAUCCAACAACUGGAGGCCCAUCCUGCCUGCCCAGGACCUCCAAACACAGGAAUCCGGUCAGUGGCUGAGCUCAUCUGAGGAGUCAGAACAUCUCAUGAGCACUUUGGUGGACGCUGACCCGGCAUCCUUUGAAUACCCCAAUUACACGGCACCAGUAGAAGGUGAAGUAUCAAAUGAUGAAUCUGAGCUUCUGUUCCCUGACUACGAGAACAAUAACGGCGAUGAAGGUCCCGUCUCGGACAGUGUGUGGAGGAACCACUACCUCAUGGACUACGAUCCGCUCAACCAGCUGCUGGUGUGCAUGGUGUGUGGAGAGCUGCAGUACUCCCACAGCCUGGAGGGAGUGAUGGCACACAUUGAGGAGGCCCAUCCCGACACUCUGACCAUGGACCCCGGGGAGCAACAGAGAAUACUGGAGGCCUGGGACGAGCAGGUUUCCCAGCGGGAACGCUUCUUCACCAGCCAGCUCCAGCAGCACAGCGGGGCCAUGGCAGAAGCACACGACAGAGACCGAGUCAACUGAAGACCACGGAGCGGGAGACAACCCCCCCCCCCCCCCCCCCAUUUCAUUUGUCUUAUUUAUUUAUUGUCAUUUUUAUUAGUUUACCGUCAUAGACAGUCACCUUGAAAGAGAACGCUGUUUAGAGAAGACUCAUCCUGAAAAGCAGGUUUACCUCAUGAACCACCAGGCUUCUAAUGUCUUAAUAUGAAAGUCUGCAUAGACAUUUUUAUAUUGAACCUGCCACAACUGAGAUUUUGUGAUCAUAUUGUGAUCAUAAUAAAGUAGUUCAACAUCCUUGGAAAUAGUCUUUAUGCUAAGCUAGGCUAAAAGCAUCCUGGACUGAGCCUAUCUCUGUGAUUAGCAGAUGAAACUGAAAUUUUAAACCUCAACAACUACAACGAUUCAGUGAUUUUAAAAACUCUGAAACAGAAUUGAGACCUCAUCUUAUACCUCGUUUCAGUAGUAUAUCUGAUUCUGGUACAGCACGGCUCGGCUCGACUCAGUUGGAACCACCCUAUUUUCGGUUUUCCAUUGGCAAAGGCUGUGAAUAGUACCUGGUACUUUAUUUAAAGUUCUGAGAGUUAGAGUUCCAAGUUCAGAGAGGAACUGUUGUUUGUGUUGCAUUGAAGAUGAUGUCUUAUCUACAUAAAAGCACCUGGUAGCUGAGCUGAGCUGAGCUGUUCAAUUUAGUGGAAAUGAGGAAACCAGCCUUUAAACAGACUGUAACUUUUGCCUAACAGUGGCCACAAGUAGCAGUUACAGGAGAAUACAACAAUCUUUUCUCAUUACUCGAUUCUCUUGAGUCAGAUGUUUAAUGACAUCAUUAGGUGAGCUGACUGAGAGCGAGUAGAAUGGAACCACAAGCAGAAAAUAAUAAAGUCCUGCUGUGUUCGUUAUUUACUUUUGCGAUAAAACCAUUCAAAUGUUUGUUGAUGAUGUGGUAAAAAAACAGAGGCCUGUUUGUAACCUCAACACUCCAAAAUUCUGAUUCAGUCACUGUUUCCAGUGCAAACCACAGGGGAAGAAAUAAAAUAUCUUUAACCUGGGCAGUGAGUUCUAUCUUCAAAGAUAUUCCCAAAUUUGCUCAACUGUGAAAAAAAAAUGAAUUCAAAAAUACAAUCUGCUGCUGGAGAUCAGGGCUAGAUUAGUAUAAGAAUAAUGCCUAGAUUAGAAAAGUGUGUAGGCCUAUUAUGUGCGUCUUGGUGACCUACUCUGUGACUAUGCUUGCAGGACUAGUUGAAUUGUGAACUAGUGAGCUACCUGCUAACUUACUAGCCGGCCACGUUAGCGCCUGGUGAUUCUCCAAUUUCUCUGCUGAUCUGUUCCCCUGGUAUUUUGUUCACUAUUGUACACCACUUCCACCAAAUUAUAAAGAAAGUAAAGCAUGUUAGCUAACGGUUUAUUUAAAGGUCCAGUGUGUAAGAUUUGGGGCCUCUAUUUUCAGAAUAAGACAGACAUGGAAUAUAAUAUUUAUCACUAUGUUUUCAUGCAUGUAUUAAAAUAAGCUUAAAUAGCUUAAAAUAAGAAUCUUUUUGUUUUUGUUACUUAAAAAUUCUCCUUUAACAUUCUCAAGUGGGAGCAGGUCCUCUUUUAUGGAGGCUGCCAUAUUUAAAAACCAUGUUUCUACAGUAGCCCAGAACAGACAAACUGUUGUUUCUCCUUUACACUAGGAAGGUGAGGGUGAUGUGAGGAGAUUGCAAUUCAGCGAUUACAACACUAGAUGCAACUAAAGUCUACACACUGGACCUUUUAAAAGACAUUUGUUCCACUGUCUCUUCUGUGGAACAACUAACACUGACAGAGGAGGGUUCAAUGAAACGGAAUUGUUCAUCAUGACAUGCACAACUGUUUGCCCACACAAGUGAAUCUACUAAUUAUGAUGAUACCUUAAUUUUAUCUAUGGAGUGCUGAGGUUACAGUAACACAUGUAGAGAACAGUCACAGUCUUACACUACAAUAUUCAGAUAUAUCUUGUUUGCUAACAUUAGGUCCCAUACGUUACUGGUCAUACCAGAACAAGUACAAUUGUAUCAGCAAAACCUGUGAGUGUACUGAGUUGAACAAAAGGGGGUUCAGUUACUCAUGAGCAUUUCUUUAAACAGGACUGUGUUAUUUAUUCUUUCAAAAGUUACACAGUCAGACCAAUAUAGUCCGGAGCCAUAUUAACAUACCUUACCUUAUUGAGCGAUGAGCAAAUUGUUGGAUAUGUCACCGCUUACAAAUGGAGAAUUAAACAAACAAACAAAUCGAACAUUGUUGAACAAUUCAACUAAUAAAUAGAAUGAUUCUAAAAAGACAUUCAAAUGUAAUGUCAGGUUUUGAAGGGUGUAUCACAUCAGAGCUGACACAUUGAUAUCUGAUAGCUACACUCAAGUAUUUCUUGAAUUCAUUUAAAGGUAGGGGUCUGAGAUUCUGUCAAUUAGCCACGUCUAUAAAAUGAAGCCAACGUGGCAGUGUAAAAAAAAACUGCUGUUGAGUCAAGCCUCCAUGUUCAAAUGUCCAACUUCACAGCAGAAACAAACAUGUUUACAGCCUGGUACAAAAAACAGUUUUGGUCAUGACAACUGUACUGAGGGUGAAUUUUUAUAGAACUCACCUGUUCAAAUAAUAUUAAGGCUAAAAAAAUGUGAGAAAAAAGUAAGACCGUGGACGCUUUGAUUUGAUUGUGGCUUGUUUGAGCAACCGGGCUUUAUUCAGACCGCCUCAGCUUCACCCAUGCUUCACCUCUUUGUCCAUUCUUUGAAAUAGUGGAGAGGUGGACUCUAACCUAAGGGUGACAUCACUGGGACUACAUCCAUGUUUUACACAGUCUAUGGUACUCGUGCACAAGACAAGCAGAGGGGUAGAAUUCGGAGGAAAAGGGGGCAGCGGGAGUGAGAGGGAUGAUAAAUCUGGCACAUCCUAACGUGUUCAACCCAAAUAUCAAUCUCCAGAAUCACUGACUCCACCUUUAAAGGACCUAUUAAGCAAGAAAAACAGACAGCACAAGAAGUUUUACAUACUGCAUACAUACUACAUCAUACUGUAGUGUAUUUAUCCACGCUGACAGUUGCUGUCAGUUUUGUAUAAAGUCUUUUCUGCUCUACUGGCAGGCUUGCAUUCAGGUUCAAGACUGUUCUAGACCCUUGUUAGUUAUUGGGUUAUUGCAUGGGCGUCUGGAACUGUUUUUGUAUGUGGCACUGCACCAUGCUGUUCUUCAAACCCUGAACCUUACAUUCAUUUCUCAAUGACAACUUUUUGAAUUGAGACUUUUUUUUACUGUAACUUUGUCACAUCUCCUGCAGUUCAUGUCAUCUUAACCUGUCGUAAGCCAUCAAAGCAUCCAUCGCACUGUAAAUACACAAAACACUAAAGUGGUUAUGAGAUGCCAAAUCUUUCUUUGACUGUGCUGUUUCACAUUUUUGAGCGGCUUUUAUUUAUUAUUUAUUGAAUAUCCUCUUCUAUAAUGACGACUGAUGAUCAUUAUUCAUAUCUGUAGAUAGUUCCAUGGUAGACAAAGUUUCUCAUUUGUGUGUAUUGAGGAUCCAAAGGCUUUCCUGCAUGAGUAGUAAAUGGAUGAACAGUUGUAUAUCGGAGAUGAUGGAAUGCAUUCCCAUGUUUUUCCAUGACUUUCAUUGAGAGUAAAAUGCUGAAAUAAUCUUCUGUUUGAGCACAAAGCUGUGGAGGCCGGCCAUGCUCGGAGGAACUGCCUCCACAGCUACAACACAGCGUAAAUGGCUUGAAGCCGUUUCACCUUCGGAGAAUGUAAUUCUGACUUGACUUGUUUACCAGUUCAAAGGGAAUGUUUGAAUGCCUUUUCAGUAAUAAACCUUUUUCUACCUUU